AGGACACCAGACCUCUAGAAUCUAACAACCUGAAGGACCAUGACAUCAGAGAAGGAGACAUGUUUGAUGACCCCAGACUGGACAAACUGUGGAGUAAGGCUAAGAGUUCUGGUAAGUUCUCAGAGGAGGAGAUGCAGAGUCUGAAGAGGGAGUUUCAACACCACAAGGACAAGAUCAGCGAGUAUAACAUCGUCAUGGAUACCGUCAGCCGCACGGAGGAGAUCCAUAAGAAUGUGAUCUCUCCAUUAGAAGGGGAAGUUAAAGAACAUGUCCUGCAUCAGAAACACACCGACCUGAAGGACAAGAUGAGGGAUCUGAACCAGGGCUUUGAACGCCUGAGGAAACUCAGCCACGAGGGCUUCAGCGAGGACAGCGAGUUUAAAGAGCCCAGGGUGAUAGAGCUGUGGGAGAUGGCACAGAGAGCCAACCUGACUGGGGAUGAACUGGACUCGCUCAAGGAGGAACUGAAGCACUUUGAGACCAAGGUAGAGAAGCACAGCCACUACCAGGAACAGUUAGAGUUAUCCCACCAGAAGCUCAGACAUGUAGAAGCUCUAGGAGACAACGACCACAUCCUGAGAAACCAGGAGAGAUACAAUAACCUGGCCGAGAAGACCAGAGAGAUGGGAUACAAGAUGAAGAAGCACAUGCAGGAUUUAACCAGCAAGAUCUCCCGUAAAGGACUGGACCGUAACGAACUGUAAGGGGUUCCUCAGACGAGGCCCUGGGGGACGACGACGACAGAAGGCUGUGUGUUUUCAACAUCAGGACUCGAAACAACAAAUGAAGUCUUUCUUCGUGUUUUUCUUGCUACAGUGGUUCAGAGUGUGGCGAUCGAUGCUGCUGUCAUGACAACCCUACGAUGGAACUUCUAAUCUGCCUGUCUAUAUAUACACACACACACACACACACACACUUCCGUCCACAUUACUCUUUUGUAGACUACUUUAAUGAAAUCAGUGUUUUUCCGCGUAAAUCUCAUUUGUGAUUAUGUUCCAUUUUAAUAAUGACGAGCCUGCCUCUAUCUCAAAUGGCACCCUAUUCCCUACAUAGUGCACUACGUUUGACCAGGGCCCUAUGGAAGUAGUGUACUGUGUAGGGAAUAGGGUGUCAUUUGGGAUGGAGAACGUGUCUUUCAGUGCCACUACUUGUUUUUGUGUAAAUAUGUGUAUAUACCUAUUGUAGGUACAUCUGAUUAUGUCCAUGUACCAAAUGUCACCCUAUUCCCUACAUAGUGCACUACUUUUAACCAGAGCCCUAUUCCCUACAUAGUGCACUACUUUUAACCAGAGCCCCGUACGUUCUUGAUCAAACGCCUAAUAACUUUGAUCAACAGUUUUAUUAUGAAUUUAUUUGAGACACAUAUUACCACCAUCUAACCCUUCUAGGGAAAUAGCUGCGUCACCAUAGUAACACGCGGUAUCAGUGGAUUUGACGACAUCGCCAUAGUAACACGCGGUAUCAGUGGAUUUGACGACAUCGCCAUAGUAACACGCGGUAUCAGUGGAUUUGACGACAUCGCCAUAGUAACACGCGGUAUCAGUGGAUUUGACGACAUCGCCAUAGUAACACGUGGUAUCAGUGGAUUUGACAGUAUCAUUGGUAUAUCAGCAAAUCUCAAGAACUCCUCCGUGACCUUUGGCCUAAUGGUGAAAUCCCUGAGCGGUUUCCAUCCUCUCUGGCAACUCGGUUAGGACGGACUUCUGAAUCUUUUGUAGUGACUGGGUGUGUUGAUAUUCAAUGUCUGCUUUCAGUUUUUUUUAUUCAUCUACCAAAAUAGGUGCCCUUCUUCUGCGAGGUUAUUGUAAAACCUCUCUGGUCUUUGUGGUUGAAAUGCACUGCUCGAUUUGAAGGACCUUACAAUUAUCUGUAUGUGUGGAGUGAUGAGGUAGUCAUUCAACAGUCAUGUUGAACACUGUUCUGUGUGUGGCGUUGGAGUGAUGAGGUAGUCAUUCAACAGUCAUGUUGAACACUGUUCUGUGUGUGGCGUUGGAGUGAUGAGGUAGUCAUUCAACAGUCAUGUUGAACACUGUUCUGUGUGUGGCGUUGGAGUGAUGAGGUAGUCAUUCAACAGUCAUGUUGAACACUGUUCUGUGUGUGGCGUUGGAGUGAUGAGGUAGUCAUUCAACAGUCAUGUUGAACACUGUUCUGGCAGACCGAGUGAGUCCUUGUAACUGAUGUGGCUUUAAGUACAUAUUUACUACGGCACUUAAUUAGCCUUGAUAUAACAAUGGGGUUGAAUACUUGACUCAAGACAUUUCAGCUUUUCAUUUAUUUGUCAAAAAAAAAUAUAUAUCUAAAAACAUAACUCUGACAUGAUGGAGUAUUGUGUGUAGGCCCAGUGGAGAAAAAUAAUCUCAAUUGAAUCCAUUUUAAAUUAAAGCUGUAACACAAGGGGCUGUAUUAACCAAUCAGAGAGUUACUGAGAGAACCGGUGUUGUGAUUGGAGAGUUACUGAGAGAACCAGUCAUGAUUGUAAAUCGAUGUUUACCAGUCUUUGAACCAUGAAUACACAGUGUCUUAUUGGCCCAUGUGGGCGGGGCAUCCUGAAGAUGCAAAACACUGUAAUAACAAAAAAUGAAUCAAAUGUAGAUCGAACAAAUUUUUAAAAAAGUAAUAAAACACUUUCUCGUCA